CAAACCGCUCAGUCCGCCGGUGUUUUUGUUUCCAGUCACAUCGAUUCAUCAUGGCGAUGCACGCAAAGUCGACCCCGCCACAGAUCCCGGACACCCGCCGGGAACUCGCCGAGCUAGUGAAGAGAAAACAAGACCUCGCUGAGACACUAGUGAACCUGGAAAGACAAAUCUAUGCGUUUGAAGGCAGCUACCUAGAAGACACACAGAUGUAUGGCAACAUCAUCAGAGGAUGGGAUCGGUACCUCACCAACCAAAAGAACUCUAAUAGUAAGACUGACAGAAGGAAUAGGAAAUUCAAGGAAGCAGAGCGUCUAUUCAGCAAGUCGUCCGUUACAUCAGUUGCAGCAGUAUGUGCACUUGGUGGAAUACCCGAUCACAUGAAUGAAAAGCGCGAGGCAGGCAGCGGCACGGAAAGCGACGCGUCUCCGGAUCUCCAGAACCAAGAAAAUGAGCCGAGCCAGGAGGACACGGAAGACGUGGACUCGACGUUGCAGGACUUAAAGCCUCAGAAGGCAGCGUCCUCCUCCUCCUCAUCAGGCAGCCAUCACGCCAGCCACAAAAAGAGGAAGAACAAAAACAGACACAGCCCUUCUGCCAUGUUUGAUUAUGACUUUGAGUUUGACAUGAAAGUGAACAAGAAACCACGAGCUGUAAGUGUAAUUCAUCGGUUUAUUUAAGAAAAGUACUGUGAUCAGUGCUGUAACCAAUGUGUAUCAGUAGGCAUUUUUCUGACACCUGUUUUCUCAAUCAUCAAUAAAAUAUCUUAGGAAAUGAUACAAUAGUCUGCUUCUGUUUUCAUAAACAUUUAUAUAUUUCUUUUGUCCUAAAAUACUGAAGAAUUUUGAUCUGCUGGUCACUUUCUUAAUUUAUAGAUUAACUGAUAAUAUACCUCAAAAUGACAACAUCCUAAAAUGUUGCUGAUAUUCAAAGUAGCUUGGGGUUAAUUGACUAUUUGAUGACUAAUUGAUUAAUCACUACAGCCCCACUACAAUCUCAACACUGUACUACUACUAAGACGAUUGAUUUAAGAAGUAGGGCUAUCACUUCUUCCCAAAGAUCAAGUUUGAAUACAUUUAUAAUGACCAUUAGUUUGUUCAAAUAAAUUUGAUAGGAAGGCAACCGGCCAAACGUAAACUCUGAUAUUAUUUGUCUUUGUGUGGCUCUCUUUUUCUUGACAAUAUUGGAUCAUUUGCGGGUUUACUUCAGAUGUGUUCACUUUCUAUUAUUUGUAGCUGUAACUCAUACAUGAGUCGGUUUUCUUAUUCUUCAUCUCCUGCAGGAUUACUCAACUUAAAAAAAGACAACUGGAAAACCUGGACACAAGAGGAGGAUGCAUGUAGAGACACACACACACACACACACAAUUUCUGGACAUUGUGAACUUUGUAUGCCUUGUUUUUGUUGUUGUUUUUUUCUUAAACCGUCAUAUUUCAGCCUGUACUGUGUGCAUUGUAUUGAAACAUUCCCCCUGCCACCACAGUGAAGAUUGUGACCUUACGUAUUAAAGUAGAAAUGUUACUGGAGGCCCGACGAGGACAUUUCCAGGAACACACCAUUUUGGUUUUUUGUAUAGUGUUAAAAAGAAGACUGUAUUUAUUGAUGUUUUUCCAUUGUAUGAAAGAUUUUUGUUAAGCAUCACAUUGUUGUAUAAUCCUCAAAUAUCCCAGAUCCUUUUAUCACGUUUUUUGGGGUUGGUUUUUUUUACAAAAAAAUAAUAAAAUACCAGCAACGUGAA